UGGUGAUCAGCCCAGCCAUCCGUAAAUCCUUUCUUGCAUUUUGCCCAAUACAAGUCAGCAAGUCAAGAUGUUCUUAUCGUUUCAGACUAAGUGGACACUGGAAUCUGUUCUUUUCACAUCCACACUGGGACACAUACAGAAAAGCUAAAUGGACAUACCACCUAACAGCAAUAUCUCUUGUCUUCCACUCUUUGUCACUGCAUAAGAGCCAGCCCAUCUGGAUGAUCCACGCAAUCACCGGGGAACUUGCUCGUCAUCUUCCUCGCAAUAGGCGAUCGAUUUGCCGGCUUGCCAUGGCUGCACGCACCAAAGGCCUCGCUCUGGGCAGACGCGCCCCAUGCCGCUGCUGUUCCCAUUGAUCUAGGAUCACUCCGGUCUUUCCUUUCAUGCUGAGCAAGUUCGCCUUCUGUACUUGAGUAAAACCCCUCAACUUUGUUGCCAGAUAUUUCUUUCUGGUUGCCCGUUUACCCAAGAAGCUAUAGAAAAAGGCUGCAUUUUUUACAUUGAUCAAUUAUAUAUGGUGGAUUACCCCUUUUGAGUUUGUCGGAUGGCAACAAUAGUAGACACAUUGGUUGGAUCAUGCAUCAAUAAGUUGCAAGCGAUCAUUACAGACAAGACAAUACUCAUUUUAGGGGUAAAAGAUGAGCUUGAAGAACUGCAACGAAGAACAAACGUCAUAAGAUCUUCUCUUCAGGAUGCUGAGGCAAGGAGGAUGGAAGAUUCAGUAGUUGAAAAAUGGCUUGACCAGCUAAGAGAUGUUAUGUAUGAUGUUGAUGAUAUUAUUGAUUUGGCUAGAUUUAAAGGAAGUGUCCUACUGCCUGACUAUCCUAUGUCAUCGUCAAGGAAAGCAACUGCUUGCAGUGGCCUUUCACUUUCGUCCUGCUUUUCUAAUAUUCGUAUACGUCAUGAAGUUGCUGUAAAAAUUAGAAGCCUGAACAAAAAGAUCGAUAACAUUUCAAAGGAUGAGGUAUUUUUAAAACUCAACCGCAGACAUCAUAAUGGAAGUGGUUCAGCAUGGACACCAAUAGAAAGCUCCAGCCUAGUUGAACCCAACCUUGUGGGCAAGGAGGUCAUACGUGCUUGCAGAGAAGUGGUGGAUUUGGUGCUUGCACACAAGAAAAAGAAUGUUUACAAGCUUGCUAUUGUUGGAACAGGAGGAGUUGGUAAGACAACACUAGCUCAGAAAAUAUUCAAUGAUAAAAAAUUAGAAGGGAGAUUUGACCAUCAUGCAUGGGCUUGUGUUUCCAAGGAGUAUUCUAGGGAUUCUCUUUUGAGACAAGUUCUUCGUAAUAUGGGAAUUCGAUAUGAGCAAGAUGAAUCAGUUCCAGAGCUCCAAAGAAAGAUUAAAUCACACAUUGCAAAUAAAAGUUUUUUUCUGGUGUUGGAUGAUGUGUGGAACUCUGAAGCAUGGACAGAUUUACUAAGCACUCCACUUCAUGCAGCCGCCACAGGAGUAAUUCUAAUAACUACUCGAGAUGACACUAUUGCUAGAGUAAUUGGGGUGGACCACACUCAUAGGGUUGAUUUGAUGUCAGCUGAUGUAGGAUGGGAGCUGCUUUGGAGGAGCAUGAACAUCAACCAAGAGAAACAAGUGCAAAAUCUCAAGGACAUAGGUAUUGAGAUUGUUCGCAAAUGUGGUGGCCUUCCUCUUGCAAUCAGAGUUAUUGCUACAGUUUUAGCAAGCCAAGAACAAACAGAGAAUGAAUGGAGACGGAUAUUGGGGAAAAAUGCCUGGUCCAUGAGCAAACUUCCUCGUGAAUUAAGUGGUGCUUUAUAUCUGAGUUAUGAAGUGCUGCCGCACCAACUGAAGCAAUGUUUUCUUUAUUGUGCACUUUUCCCUGAAGAUGCAAGCAUUUUGCGUGACGAUCUUACUAGGAUGUGGGUUGCUGAAGGCUUUAUAGAUGAGGAAAAAGGACAAUUACUAGAAGAUACAGCAGAGAGAUAUUAUUAUGAGCUGAUCCAUCGGAACUUGCUCCAACCAGAUGGUUUAUAUUUUGACCACAGCAGCUGCAAGAUGCAUGAUCUCUUAAGGCAACUUGCUUCUUAUUUGUCAAGAGAAGAAUGUUUUGUUGGAGACCCAGAGUCACUAGGGACUAAUACUAUGUGCAAAGUACGGCGUAUUUCAGUUGUCACUGAGAAGGACAUAGUGGUGUUACCUAGCAUGGACAAGGAUCAAUAUAAAGUGAGGUGUUUUACAAACUUAUCUGGGAAGUCAGCAAGAAUUGAUAAUUCACUUUUCGAGAGACUUGUAUGUCUUCGCAUUUUGGAUUUGUCUGACUCACUUGUACAUGACAUCCCAGGUGCGAUUGGAAAUUUGAUUUAUCUGCGGUUGCUCGAUCUUGACAAGACAAAUAUAUGUUCUCUCCCAGAGGCCAUUGGCUCCCUUCAAAGCCUUCAAAUAUUGAAUUUGCAGGGGUGUGAAUCUUUGCGCAGACUUCCUUUGGCAACAACUCAACUAUGCAAUUUGAGGCGGCUUGGUCUUGCUGGUACUCCAAUAAACCUGGUUCCAAAAGGGAUAGGAAGACUGAAAUUUCUCAAUGAUUUAGAAGGAUUUCCUAUCGGUGGUGGAAAUGACAAUACCAAAAUACAAGAUGGAUGGAAUUUGGAAGAGUUGGCUCAUCUUUCACAGUUGAGGCAGCUUGGUAUGAUAAAAUUGGAAAGAGCUACUCCUUGCAGCAGUAGAGACCCAUUUCUACUAACAGAGAAAAAGCAUCUCAAAGUUCUGAAUCUACACUGCACUGAACAGACAGAUGAAGCAUAUUCAGAGGAAGGCAUUAGCAAUGUUGAGAAGAUCUUUGAGAAGCUAGCACCUCCACACAACUUAGAAGUUCUUGCUAUUGUGAAUUUCUUUGGGCGAAGGUUCCCCACCUGGCUUGGUACUAACCAUUUGUCUUCAGUGAAAUACGUGCUCCUCAUAGAUUGCAAAUCUUGUGUGCAUCUUCCCCCAAUCGGACAGCUACCAAACUUGAAAUACCUAAAAAUUAAUGGAGCAAGUGCAAUCACCAAGAUUGGACCCGAAUUUGUUGGCUGCUGGGAGGGUAAUCUCAGAUCCACAGAGGCAGUUGCUUUCCCCAAGCUCGAAUGGUUGGUCAUUGAGGAUAUGCCCAACUGGGAGGAGUGGUCCUUUGUUGAAGAAGAAGAAGUGCAGGAGGAGGAAGCAGCUGCAGCAGCCAAGGAAGGGGGAGAGGAUGGAAUUGCUGCUUCGAAGCAAAAGGGGGAGGAAGCCCCGUCUCCAACUCCAAGGUCGUCGUGGCUGCUGCCUUGUUUGACGAAGUUGGAUCUCGUGGGCUGCCCCAAGCUGAGGGCUCUCCCACCACAGCUUGGACAGCAGGCCACCAACUUGAAGGACCUCCUUAUAAGAGAAGCAGAAUGCUUGAAGACGGUGGAAGACCUCCCGUUCCUCUCUGGUGCCCUUUCAAUUGGUGGCUGUGAAGGCCUGGAGAGGGUCUCCAACCUUCCCCAAGUGAGAGAGCUGUUUCUAAAUGUCUGCCCCAAUUUGAGGCAUGUCGAGGAGUUGGGUGGUUUGGAGCAGCUAUUGCUGGAUGAAGGUAUGCAGGAGAUCUCUCAGCUGUGGGUCCCAAGGCUUCAGGAGCAACACCGCCAACUCCAUGGAGAUGAGCAUGAGCUGGAGGUCAUCGAGUGGCUGUGAGACCCAAUUAAUUUAGAUGGCGCAAGGUUAAUCUUGAAGAAUUUGGGCUGCAGUCACCUGUAAUCUGUACUUUUGUCUUUACCUAGCUACUGGUCUUUGAAAUAUAUUAAAAAAAUUAAAAAAACAAAAAUAUCAAAAAAUGGGAAAAUGUCAAAAAAAAGGUUAUAUUUUCUUUAGCUCUUGUAAAAUACAUCGUCAUGUUUUCUUAGAUGUGUGCGUUUCUUUUCUUUUUAUUUUUUUUAUUGUAGGUGUGUAGGUAACUCCGCCUAUGUCAUCUUAGGUUUAUCUGAAUGACAUAGCCGGUCCCAAGCCCGGAAAAAGGAGGAGGGGAUAAUCUUGUAUAGAUGUUGGUUGAAAUGACGCUCUCCUACUAUAUAGUAGAUCAUUGGGAUUUUUCCGUACUUUUAUCAGAUUAAUUUCAUUUUCAAUGAUGGAAUAGUUAUGGAGACACUUCUAGAGACUCAUCCAGUCUUAUUUUCAAUGACGGAAUAGUCUACUGCUACCAGGUCUUUGAAAGUUUUCUUGAAACUGCACCUUUGUCAGGCUACUGCAUUUUUUUUGUGAUGGAAUAAUUAUGAAAACACUUUCAGAGGCACAUACACUCUGUUUCUCUGUUGGACGAACCUGAGUUGGAAACCAGUUUAGUUUGAGCUCAUUUCAACCCCUUCUUUCACCAGAAGCAAUUGGGCUAAACCCAAGCACCAAUCAUUCUCCUGUCAGUCCUUAAUGACAAGCCUGCAGGACAAGGAAAUCAAUGAAGAUCACUGAGGCAAAAAUAUAUUUAUCCUCCCAUCAUGAUAGAAACUGAUUGUGCUUUGUGAAUUGUGAUCGAGAGGAGAGGAAAUGGUGGAUAACCUUCCUAGUCAUUCCUUUGUACUGACAAUGUUUCAGUACUUGAGGAAAUCUCAGUGAUGAUACCUCGUAUUGACAAUCAAUACCUGUGUUAAUAGAUGGAUACAACACAUCUUUGACUGAAAUUUGCAUCGGCAAUGAUUGUGUCCAAGGCUCUUUCUCCACCAGCUGCUGCUUAUGUGGGAUGGAACCCAUGUAUAACUUGAGGAAGAGAAGUAAAUCCAACUUUUGUUUAUUUCAUUGAAUUCAUCCUUUUUCCUUUUGAACACUGAAAAUAACAGCUUGUAUGUCUUUAGGAUUGGUUCAGGAAAAUGUUAUUAUGACAGUGCACUAGCUUUUCACCUUGUUAUCCCAUUACAUUGUUAAAUUAACCAUGGUUUUAUUGCCUU